UUGACGAUAAAAAAAAAAAAUUAAAAAAUAAGAAUAACAUUUAAAUUAGUAAACAUUGCCUUGUACUUUUGUAAUUAAUUUAAUUAAUAGGCGUUGUCGAAGAAAUCGUUCAACAAGUAACGAGAUUUUUUUCACGUCGACAUCAGACGUUGAUCGUUUGAAGCGGACACACGCCAUUUCUUCAGGAUCAUGGCCGCAGUAAUGAACAGACCGAAGGUUGAAGAGACCAACAAGUCGACAAUGCGCACCCUCAAUCUGAACGGACAUGUAGGGUUUGAUAGCAUGCCCGACCAGCUAACACAUAAGUCUGCUCAAAACGGCUUCGUGUUUAACAUACUGUGCAUUGGUGAAACAGGUCUAGGAAAAUCGACUCUUAUGGACUCAUUAUUUAAUACCAAUUUUGAAUCCACUCCAUCCACACACAAUUUGCCAAAUGUAAAACUCAAGGCUCACACUUAUGAAUUGCAAGAGAGCAAUGUUCAACUUAAGUUGACGCUUGUUGAGACAGUGGGUUAUGGUGAUCAAAUAAAUAAAGAAGACAGUUUCAAAUCUAUUGUAGAUUACAUUGAUACACAAUUUGAAUAUUAUUUACAAGAAGAACUGAAAGUAAAGCGUUUGCUGUCUACAUAUCACGACACAAGAGUUCAUACCUGUUUGUAUUUUAUCUGUCCUACUGGACAUGGAUUAAAAUCAAUUGAUUUAGUGUGUAUGAAAAAACUUGACACCAAGGUGAAUGUGAUUCCAAUUAUUGCUAAAGCAGACACUAUCUCCAAAUCUGAACUACAAAAGUUUAAGACAAAAAUAAUCACUGAAUUACGAUCAAAUGGAGUACAAAUCUAUGAGUGCCCUACUGAAGAUGAGACUAUAGCUGAUGUUAACUCUAAUAUGAAUUCUCAUGUACCAUUUGCUGUUGUUGGAAGCACAGAUUUUGCCAAAGUUGCUAACAAAAUGGUGCGUGCUCGUCAGUAUCCAUGGGGAACAGUUCAAGUUGAAAAUGAAUCACAUUGUGAUUUUGUUAAAUUGAGAGAGAUGUUAAUUAGAACUAACAUGGAAGAUUUGCGAGAAAAAACUCACGAAAAACACUACGAAUUGUAUCGAAAAAUGCGUUUGGAACAAAUGGGCUUUAGUGAUGUGGACAAUGAAAAUAAGCCACUAAGUUUCCAGGAAUCUUUUGAAGCAAAGCGUAGUCAUCAUUUACAAGAGCUGCAAAACCGUGAAGAUGAAAUGAGACAAAUGUUUGUUGUUAGAGUAAAAGAAAAAGAAGCAGAAUUAAAAGAAGCUGAAAAAGAGUUACAUGCCAAAUUUGAUAAACUGAAACGUGAUCAAGAUGACCAAAAGAAAAGGUUGGAAGAACAGCGAAGAAAGUAUGAAGAUGAUCUUAUGGAGUUCAGCAAAAGAAAGCAACAGUAUUCUAGCAUGGGACAUCAUACUCUCACAUUAGGCAAGAGUAAAAAGAAAUAA